CAAAUCAUUUCAACAGUUUGUGUUAUUAUCAUCACCUCCACCAUAAUUCAGUUCUCUUUGUGCUUGUGUCAACAUAUAGGUGAUGGACGAGAAAAGGAGCAAGGAGAAUGGUUGCAGACAUGUGUUAAUGAUUCCAUACCCAAGCCAAGGCCACAUAAAUCCAAUGCUUCAAUUUGCCAAACUCCUGAGCACCAAAGGAGUCAGAGCCACCAUGGUCACAACCAUAUUCAUUUCCAAAACCAUGCAUCUCCUAUCAUCAUCACUCUUACCAAAUUUCAUUCAAUUUGACACCAUAUCAGAUGGUUAUGACCAAGGUGGUUUUGCUCAAGCAUCCAGCAUACCAACCUAUCUUUCAAGCAUGAAAGCCACAGGCUCCAAGAACUUGAGGGAACUCAUCCAAAAAUACAAAAUUUCUGAUUACCCCAUAGAUUGCUUAGUUUAUGACUCUUUUCUUCCAUGGGUUUUGGAAGUGGCCAAAGAAUUUAGCUUAUUAGGAGCUGCUUUUUUCACUCAAAUGUGUGCUGUUAAUUGUAUUUUUUAUUAUGUACACCAUGGACUUUUAAAGCUUCCUAUUUCUUCAACACCAAUCUCUAUACCGGGGCUUCCAUUGCUUGAUCUAAAAGACACACCCUCCUUUGUUCAUGAGCUUGGUGUCUAUCCAGCUUACUAUGAGUUAGUCAUGAAUCAAUUUUCUAGUCUCCACGAAGCAGAUGUCAUUCUUGUUAAUUCCUUCUACAAGCUAGAGGACCAGGUGGUGGAUGCCAUGUCAAAGUUAUGUCCUUUUGUGACGAUUGGGCCUACAGUUCCAUCCUUUCAUCUGGACAAAGAAGUCCCAGGUGACAGAGCAAAUAAUGUGAAUCUCUUCCAAGUAGACUCAUCAGCCAUCAACUGGCUCAAUCCAAAGCCAUCAAGGUCAGUCAUUUAUGUAUCAUUUGGCAGCAUGGUCUCCUUUAGCACAGAGCAGAUGAGGGAAAUAGCACUGGGCUUAAUGGGAACUGGCUUCAACUUCUUGUGGGUGAUCCCUGCUCUAGAGGCAAAAAAUCCCCCUGGAGAGUUGUUGGAAGAAAUGGGUGCAAGUGGAAGGGGUUUGGUGGUGAAUUGGACCCCCCAGUUGGAAGUUCUAUCAAACCAAGCUGUUGGUUGCUUUCUAACACACUGUGGAUGGAACUCAACCACUGAAGCAUUGUGCUUUGGGGUGCCCAUGGUUGCAAUGCCACAGUGGACUGACCAGCCUUUGAAUGCAAAAUAUGUUGAGGAUGUGUGGAAGGUGGGGAUCAGAGUUAAGGUAAAUGAGAAUGGGAUUGUGACAAGAGAAGAGAUUGAGUGUUGCAUCAGGGAAGUAAUGGAAAAGGAACAUGGAGGAGAACUGAGGAUUAAUGCUAAGAAAUGGAAGGAACUUGCUAUAGAAGCACUGAGUCAGGGUGGCACUUCAGACAACAACAUCAAUGAAUUUGUAAAUAUGCUGAAGAAAUGUCCCUAUUAGUUCCAAUUUAUGUUUAUUAUGGAUUCCCUCUAGAAUACAACUGAGGGAGAGACCUCAAAAUUGGGUUGUAUGAUAAUUUGAUUUUCCUUCUGA